CUCGGCGGCCGGGAGCCCGAGCGCGAUCGCGGAGGCAGCAGCAGGAGCGCUCCCCGAGCGGCGGUCGUGGGCUCCCGCCCGCAGCCCGCAGCCGCCCGGCCCGCAGCGAAAUGGGCGCGGCGGCCGUGCGCUGGCACUUGUGCGUGCUGCUCGCCCUGGGCGUGCGCGGGCGGCUGGCCGGGGGCAGCGGGCUCCCAGGAACAGUCGACGUGGAUGAGUGCUCAGAGGGCACGGAUGACUGCCACAUUGAUGCCAUCUGCCAGAACACACCCAAGUCCUACAAAUGCCUCUGCAAGCCUGGCUACAAGGGGGAAGGCAGACAGUGUGAAGACAUUGACGAGUGUGAGAAUGACUACUACAACGGGGGCUGUGUGCACGAGUGCAUCAACAUCCCUGGGAACUACAGGUGCACCUGCUUUGAUGGCUUCAUGCUGGCACACGACGGCCACAACUGCCUGGAUGUGGAUGAGUGCCAAGACAACAAUGGUGGCUGCCAGCAGAUCUGUGUCAAUGCCAUGGGCAGCUAUGAGUGCCAGUGCCACAGUGGUUUCUUCCUCAGCGACAACCAGCACACCUGCAUCCACCGCUCCAAUGAGGGUAUGAACUGCAUGAACAAAGACCAUGGCUGCGCCCACAUCUGCCGGGAGACUCCCAAAGGUGGGGUAGCCUGCGACUGCAGGCCCGGCUUUGACCUUGCCCCAAACCAGAAGGACUGCACACUAACCUGUAACUAUGGCAAUGGAGGCUGCCAGCACAGCUGCGAGGACACGGACACAGGCCCCAUGUGCGGCUGCCACCAGAAGUAUGCCCUCCACUCGGACGGUCGGACAUGCAUCGAGAAGGAUGAGGCUGCAAUUGAGCGCUCUCAGUUCAAUGCCACGUCAGUAGCUGAUGUGGACAAGCGGGUGAAACGGCGGCUACUCAUGGAGACAUGUGCAGUGAAUAAUGGAGGCUGUGACCGGACAUGCAAGGACACGGCCACUGGUGUGCGCUGCAGCUGCCCUGUGGGCUUCACACUGCAGCCCGAUGGGAAGACGUGCAAAGACAUCAACGAGUGUCUGGUCAACAAUGGCGGCUGUGACCACUUCUGCCGUAACACGGUGGGCAGCUUCGAGUGCGGCUGCCAGAAAGGGUACAAGCUGCUGACCGAUGAGCGCACGUGCCAAGACAUUGAUGAGUGCUCCUUCCAGCGAACCUGCGAUCAUGUGUGCAUCAACUCUCCCGGGAGCUUCCAGUGCCUGUGCCGCCGAGGCUACGCGCUCUAUGGGACGACCCACUGCGGAGACAUGGAUGAGUGCAGCAUGAACAAUGGCAGCUGCGAGCGAGGCUGCGUCAACACGGAGGGCAGCUACGAAUGCGCCUGCCCGCCCGGCCAGCGGCUGCACUGGAACCGCAAGGACUGCGUGGAUACUGGCAAGUGCCUGACUCGGGCCAAGGCCUGGCCCCGGGCCCAGCUGUCCUGCAGUAGGGCAGGAGGUGUGGAGAGCUGCUCCCUCUCAUGCCCAGCCCACACCCUCCUCACGCCAGACUCGGAAAACAGCUACAGCCUGAGCUGCGGUGUCCCGGGCCUCCAGGGCAAGACACUGGUGAAACGCAACAGCACCAGCUCGGGCAUCAGCCCCAGCUGCUCAGGUGCCCCAGCCACCCCUAUCCGGCAGAAGGCCCGCUUCAAGAUCCGAGAUGCCAAGUGCCACCUCCGUCCCCGCAGCCACGAGCCAGCCAAGGAAGCCCUGAGGCAGCUGCUGCUGGAAAAUUGCCAUGUGACCUUCGUGACCCUCAAGUGUGACUCCUCCAAGAAAAGGCGCCGUGGCCGCAAGUCCCCAUCCAAGGAGGUCACCCACAUCACGGCAGAGUUUGAGGUGGAGACAAAGCUAGAGGAGGCCUCAGACACCUGCGAGGCCGACUGCCUGCGGAAACGUGCAGAGCAGAGCCUGCAGGCCGCAGUCAAGACCCUGCGCAAGUCCAUCAGCCGGCAGCUCUUCUCUGUCCAGAUCGCUGGCACUGACUAUGAGGUGGCCCAGAGGCCAGCCCGGAUCCCAGAGGACCAGGGGACAUGCACUCCUGGCCAGGUGUCACAGGAGGGCAAAUGCACGGCCUGUGGACCUGGCAGCCACUUCAACGGGGAGCUGGGCCAGUGUGUGCCCUGCACACCAGGCACCUACCAGGACAUGGAGGGCCAGCUCAGCUGCACACCAUGCCCCAGCAGCGACGGGCUGGGCCUGGCCGGUGCCCGCAACGUGUCUGAAUGUGGAGGCCAGUGCUCGCCUGGCUUCUUCUCUGUCGAUGGCUUCAGGCCCUGCCAGGGCUGCCCCAUGGGCACGUACCAGCCCGAGCCUGGGCGUACCGGCUGCUUCCCCUGCGGAGGGGGGCUUCUCACCAAGUAUGAGGGUGCCACCUCCUUCCAAGACUGUGAGGCCAAAGUGCACUGCUCCCCCGGCCAUCACUACAACACCACCAGCCACCGCUGCGUGCGCUGUCCCCUGGGCACCUACCAGCCUGAGUUUGGCCAGAACCACUGCAUCACCUGUCCUGGCAACACCAGCACAGACUUUGACGGCUCUACCAACGUCACACACUGCAAAAACCAGCACUGCGGCGGUGAGCUGGGAGACUACACAGGCUACAUCGAGUCCCCCAACUACCCAGGCGACUACCCUGCCAACGCCGAGUGUGUGUGGCACAUCUCCCCACCCCCCAAGCGCAGGAUCCUCAUCGUGGUCCCCGAGAUCUUCUUGCCCAUCGAGGAUGAGUGUGGUGAUGUCCUGGUCAUGAGGAAGAGCGCUUCGCCCACGUCCAUCACCACCUACGAGACCUGCCAGACCUACGAGAGGCCCAUUGCCUUCACCUCCCGCUCCCGCAAGCUCUGGAUCCAGUUCAAAUCGAACGAGGGUAACAGCGGCAAAGGCUUCCAGGUGCCGUAUGUCACCUAUGACGAGGACUACCAGCAGCUCAUAGAGGACAUCGUGCGUGAUGGGCGGCUCUACGCCUCAGAGAACCACCAGGAGAUUCUGAAAGACAAGAAGCUGAUCAAGGCCCUGUUUGAUGUGCUGGCCCACCCCCAGAACUACUUCAAGUACACGGCCCAGGAGUCCAAGGAGAUGUUCCCACGCUCCUUCAUCAAGCUGCUACGUUCCAAGGUGUCCCGGUUCCUGCGGCCCUACAAAUAAUGUUGGCAGACCUGGCCGGGCACACAGAGGUGGGCCAGCCGCCCUCCACCCUGCAGGCUGAAGGGGCCCCCAGGGCCUCCGAGCCACCCAGGGAAAUCACUGCGCUGUCUGGGCAGCCCUUGGGAGGCCAUGCCAAGUGGAGACCCCAGCCCAGCUCCUAUCACACCUGGGAAGACACUGCUCGAGAAGCCUCCUUCCUUUCCUCCAUCUCCCCAGCGUGCCCUCUGGGGCCGCCUGGCCUGGCAGAAUGUGCACUCUGAGGUGGCAGAGAAAGCAAUUGUGGCUCCGGCAUCUCAUGGAGGCCACAGGGGCAGAAGCUGAGAUGGGCAGCCAGGCGGCCAGGAGGGUGUUUGAGCGCCACAGGGACCUGGGGGUGUCCUCACCCUCUGACUCCUCUGGCCAUAGGCCUGAGCUCUGAGGACUCUGUGACAGGACCGAGGAGAGCUGCUAGGGGGGGAGCUCACAGAGGUGUGCCUUCCCUGCUGAAGCAGCUGAGUGCUCUGUGUAUAUACAAUAUAAAUAUAAAUAUAUAUACUUCUAUCUGUGGGUACUUAAGGCAAACUCUAUGGAGUGACUGUACACAGUCAUCACAGGCCCAGCUGAUCAAAUCCUCCCUCCGUCCCUCACCUCCCAGCCUCUGCUUGCUCUGAGGCAUGGGGCCAGGCAGGACUGGGCAGAAGAGAGCUGAUCUCAGCCACACUUUGGAAGCCAUGCCAGGGAACAGGGCAGACGUCUUGCUGGAGCUCUGCCUUGUAGUGGAACGCGGUGGAAGGCAGGUUCCCCUCGGAUCCUUCCCGGGCGUGCAGACACCACCAGUCAAUGGCAGAAGGGGACUGUGUCCAGCCUGACUCAGGCAGUGACCUUGAGUUUCAAGUGUGUGUCAUUCUACCAGGAAGCAAGACCUCCCGCACACGGGCACCCACUACACCUGUCCAGGGUUCCCAGACCCAGGGCAGUGUGCACUCUGCUGCACUGUGCUGAGCCUCACUUUAAAACAAGAAAGUCUGCAGUCUAAGCACAGAGCCACACGGACCUGCCAACCUCUGGCCAAUCACAGGAAGUGUCCUUCCUUAGAGUGAACUGUACCAUGCCAAGGACUGCAGGAGGACCUUGAAAUGGACUUGGGUUGUUUCCUCCCACUUACCCACUCCCCCGUGUGACCCCCAAAAGCAACCUGCAGAGAACUGGGAUGCUGGGUGCAGCGGGGAAAGUGGCUGGAGAUUCAGGCCUGGUGACCAGGCAGGGUGGGAUGGAAAAGGGCUUGGCAAUCAGGAAUUGCUUGCUGUCCCCAUCCAGUCCCUGGCUGGACUGGCCGUGCCACCAGUGCUUCUCUGCCAAGUCUGGAGCAGUCGGUAGUGAGGGUACUGCCCCUGGUGGGAGGGUCAGGUGGUGUCAGCAAGGGGUCCUGCAGGGCUACACCCAGAAAUCAGCUGUGUGCUCCAUAACGAGGCCCAGCGUGGGCACUGAAGGAAGGAUGGAAGGAGACAGGAAAGGGCCUUCAGCUCUCUAGGCACUUCCUGCUGCUCCUCUGGGUGGUUUCUAGAGGGUGCCAUCUCUGUGCCCAUGAGUCCCCUACCUUGGAGCUUCUGAGCCCACCCCAUGUCCCUGGGCAGAGCUACUUCUGUGGGGGUCCCUCCCUCUUCACAAGUACCAAGUAGUCAGCAGCCAAUCCUUCACCAUGCAUCCCCACCCCCACCGACCCCUAUAAACCCACAUCGUCUGAGAUUUCAGUGUCCUAGUUCAAUCCACAGUCCUGCACUGCAGAACUUGGGAUCCCAAUUAUAAACCUAAAGCCACGCCCCAUCCUCAGGCUCUAGUGGUCCUGAGAGACCUUCCUGAGCAAGUCUGCUUCUCCCUGAUUCCAUGUUGCUGAGGCCAGGGACAGCUUACAGGCAAGGCACAGGUGGCAAGGGCUGGCCAGGUAGGGCAGGUUCCAAGAGGAUACCUGAAGCAGGAGAGACGUCAAGGUUGGGCUAUCCUGUGCUGCCCGAAGGGAACAAGAGAGACAGCAGGGGCUGCGCCAGGAGCCGGGACAUCCCAUGCCCAGCGACAGCCUUGAGCAGAGUCCGCGUGUGCCUCGGGAACUGGGUCCUCAGCUCUGAGCUCCUAGGAGCCCUGAGAAGGGCAGUGGAAGAGCCAGCUCCUGGGAGCAAAAGCUUGUCCUCUGGCCGGGACUGGGAGCUGCUGCCAGGGAUGGAGGCUGACAAGCCAAAGUGUGGUGCUGCGUUGGCAGCCUGGGACACCGGGACACUCUGCAGAGGUGGUAGUAGGGGAACCAGGCAGCCCCAUGUCAUAAGGCCACAGUCUCUGGGGACAGGGACCAGGAAUGCUGGGUCUGGAAGAAACCCCUGGAGGCCACCCCCCCCAACCCCCACUCCUCCUUGCAUAUUCUGCUCCCCUAAGCCCUAGGAAAGGAAUGACUGUCCCAAGGGGUGGUGGCCUCCCAGCAAUCUCUGAGCAAGUGCCAAGGUCACCUGCAGUGAUGCCUCACCUGCUUCCCCUAUUAGGCUCCCCACCAUUACCCUCCACCUGGCUCAGGUCUUGAGAGCUUGGUUCUGUGCAGGCCUUGAACUGCCUCUGGGCUCUCCCAUGGUCUCCCUGAACCCCCCCAAGUUAAAUUAGCCAGUGGUGAGCCACAGGGUAGUCUUUCCAGCUCCUCCUCCAGUGGGCCAUCAGUGGCCAGAUUAAACAACUAAACAAGGACCAGGAUGGGAACAAGGUCAGUGACUGAGCAAAGGGCAUGCACACCCAAGGCCCAGGUGCAAACCCAGGCCCCACAUAUGCUGGAGAUAAGCAGUGCUCGGCACGGCUCUCUCUCUCUCUCUCUCUCUCUCUCUCUCUCUCCCCCUCUCUCAUAAAAGGAAAUAAUUUUUUUUCCUCCAGAGUUAUUGUUGAAACUCAGUACCUAUAGGCUUCAGUGGUCUUUCCCCCUCCCUUUUUUUCUUUCUUUCUGAGAGUAAGAAACAGAGACAUAUAGGAAGUAGCAGGGACACCAACAGCACUGCUCCACUGCUCCUAACGCCACCCACUGCAGGUGAGGACAGAGGACUUGGAUCCUCACGCAUGGGCAUGAGUGAGCUCUACUGGGUGUGCCACUAACCAGCCUCAAUUUUUUUUUUUUUUGACACCAGGGUCCUCACCAGGGCCUGCUGCCUGCAUGACAAAUCCACCACUCCAAACAGCUUUUUUUUUUCCUUUUAUUUGAUAGGACAGAGGAAAAUUGAGAGGGGAGGGGACAUAGAAAAGGAGAAAGAGGUGCUGAAUGGUGGUACACCUGGCUGGCUGUGCAUGUUAUAAUACAUAAGGACCUAGGUUUCAGCCCCUGGUCCCCACCUGUAUCAGGAAAGCUUUGUGAGUGGUGAAGCACUACCGCAUGUGUCUCUCUGUCUCUCUCCCUAUUUCCCCCUCUCCUUUUCAUUUCUGAUGGUCUCUAUACAAUAAAUAAAGAUAAUAAAAUUUAAAGGGAGAGAAAGAGAAA